AUUUCCAUCAUCAUCACCACCAUCUCUCUCUAUAAUCUCUUUCCGUAUCUACAUAUACUUCUUCACCCGCAUAUAUAAUGUACAUAACAACAUACACUCCUUUUUCCACGCUAUAAAAUACCAACUAGCGGUGGAAUUUCGUUAUAGAACCCUAGGAUUUGUAUAACGUUCUCACGAUCAAUCGCUCUUUAAGACCUCUAGCUACCGAAAAAGAGAUGACUGACUGAACACCGCUUUGAUCAGAGUUUCGAUUUUGGUUCUGUGGUUUUUGUUCAGUAGUAUUUGUCAAUUUACAAUUUGCACGUUUUGUAUUGAUAAAGACUCGUGUUUUUCUGUUUUAUCUCGUUUAUCGUUGUUGAUUUUAAUCUGCAUACUGUGUUAAUGAGUGAUCAGACUAUUUUGGUUUGGCAAAGUCAAUUCUAGACUUAUAUUUCGGGUUGCUCUGCCUAUUUGUGUGUUUGGCCACUCAUCAUACUGCAAGCUCUGUUUCUUCUCUGUUUUUACAACUUCUUUUUGGUUUGAACUAGUUAAGUUCCAAGCUUAAGAGAGUUCGAUCUUUUUAUGUGGGUUUUUUUUAUGCUGAAUAAAUAUGUCGGAUAACACAAUUCUUUUGAGUUCUGCUUUAGCCAUCUGUGUGUAUCUGUGUGAAUUUGAUGAUAUUGUGUGAGUUUUCAAUGAGUUUGAUUCUGUUGGUUUUGUUAUGUGCGCAGUAGCCGUGGUUAAUGGCUAGUCGAGGUCAAAAAAGAAAUGAUGAAGUGGAUGAAUUGCCAGCAGAUAAGCGUGCGUGCAAUUCAUUGGAGUUCCGACCAAGUUCUUCCAAUUCAUCUGCUCAAACGCUGACGAGUACUGCUCAUGAAGGCCAGGAUACUGACAUGGAUACGUCGUCCUCAACUUCUGGAUCAACUAGAUCAGAAGGUGACGGAGAGAAGGAACUCGCAGAUGGCUCUUGCGAUUCAGAUAAUAGCAUCCAUGACUACUAUAGGAAUCGAUCAUUGAGUGAUCAAAGCAAGUUUAAGACAGUUCUGUUAGGUUUGAGUGAGGAGGUUGAGGAAUCAGGCCAGUUGGCUCAACUCACUGAGCUAUGUGAGUUGCUGUCCUUUUGUAGUGAUAGUUCUUUGUCAAGUCCAAUGGUCGACUCUUUUUCACCUCUCCUUGUUAGAUUGGCAAGGCAUGAGAGCAAUCCAGAUAUAAUGCUUCUGGCUAUAAGAGCCAUAACUUAUUUGUGCGACGUUCAUCCUCGAUCCUCAAUUUUUAUUGUGAGACACGAUGCUGUUCCAGUCCUUUGUCAACGUUUAAUGGCCAUUGAAUACUUGGAUGUGGCAGAACAAUGCUUGCAAGCAUUAGAGAAAAUAUCACGCGAACAGCCAGUUGCUUGCUUACAAUCUGGCGCUAUGAUGGCUGUUUUAGGUUAUAUUGACUUUUUUUCAACUAGCGUACAGAGGGUUGCACUGUCUACUGUGGUAAAUAUAUGUAAGAAACUGUCUUCUGAAUCUCCGCCACUUUUCAUGGAGGCAGUUCCAAUUUUGUGCAAUCUUCUCCAGUAUGAAGAUAGACAGCUUGUUGAGAGUGUUGCCACUAGCUUAAUUAAAAUUGGGGAGCAUGCUUCUCGUUCUACAACUUCUACUCAUAUGCUGGAUGACAUCUGCAAGCAUGGAUUGGUUGAGCAUACCUUGCAUCUUAUAGGGUUAAACAGUCGAACAACCCUAUCCCAACCAACAUACAUUGGCUUGAUAGGGUUACUCAUCAAGUUGGCUACUGGAUCUACUGUUGCUUUUAGGACACUUUUUGAGCUCAACAUAAGCACCAUUGUUAAGGAUAUGCUAUCUACAUAUGAUCUUGCACAUGGAAUGCAGUCUACCUCUCUGGUGGAUGGGCAUCAGAGCCAGAUAAAUGAAGUUUUAAAAUUAUUGAAUGAGCUUCUCCCAACAAUUACUGCUGAAGUGGACAAUCAACAGAAGACAGAUAAAGAAGCUUUUCUUUCGAAGCAUCCUGAUAUUCUGCAUAAGUUUGGAGUUGAUUUACUCCAUAUCUUAAUUCAGGUGGUCAGUUCUGGUGUGAAUCUGUUUAUAUGUUACGGCUGUCUUUCUGUUAUCAGUAAGUUAGUUCAUUUCAGCUCAUCUGAUGCGCUUCGUAGUUUGCUACAAACUGCCAACUUUUCAAGCUUUUUGGCUGGAGUGUUUGCAAGAAAAGAGCACCAUGUGGUAUUAUUAGCCCUUCAGAUUGUUGAUACUAUAAUGCUCAAGCUUCCGCACAUAUACUUGAAUUCCUUUGUAAAGGAAGGUGUUCUUUUUGCCAUAUAUGGGCUACUCUCUCCAGAUAAACAUUCGAACAUCCCUCCUAUUUCUGAUGGUAUAGCUUCAAGAGCCGUGCAAAGAUGCCCAUGUUUUGCAUUUGAUACAUGCCAUUCUUCAGAGUCACCAGAAAACAGGACAUGCACACUUCAGAAUGAUACUGUUCAGAAUCUAGCAAAGUAUAUAUGGGCCACUUACUUUGAAACUGAAUCGGUGAACCCCGAGAAAGGAGUAACUGAUAUUCUUCAGAAGCUUAGAACAUUAUCCACUGCAUUAACAACUCUAUUAAACAAGUCAGUGGAGGAUGCAACAUCUAGUCAGCAGGAAGAAGACAUUUUCAAUCUAUUGCACCAAAUAAUCUCAGAGCUUAAUGAAAAAGAUUCUAUCUCCACGUUUGAGUUUUUGGAGAGUGGAAUUAUAAAAGCAUUUGUUUGUUACCUAACAAAUGCUAUCAAUCUUUUUAAAAGAGAAUAUGUGGAAAAAUACUCAUAUAUUGCGGAAAAAAGAUUUGAGGUUAUUGGACGACUAUUAUUGACUAGUGCUGACCCAGCUCGGAACGAAUCUCCACUCCUAAGCAUAGUACAGAGAUUACAAAGCGCUCUUUCUUCAGUUGAAGGUUUCCCUAUCAUCUCAAGCCAUACAUAUAAGCGAAGGAACUCUUAUGCCACUAUUCCAUAUGGGCAUUGUACUUCUUAUCCAUGUCUGAAAGUGCAGUUUGUGAAGGAAAGUCUGGAAACCUGUCUACAGGAUUAUGUAGAAGAUGUUGUCAAUGUUGACCCCUUCGUACCUCUUGAUGAGAUUGAAGGAUAUUUGCUGCCUAGGGUGAAAAGUAGAAAAACUAAGAAUCUGAAAAUGGAGUCUGAAGAUUUAGAGGAGAAAGGUGGCUCAUGCUCUCAUUCACCAGACUCUAGCUCUUCCCAAAUAAAAAGAGCAGAAAUGCUAGUUGAUGUUCUGAAAGCGCAGGAGGGAAACCCCAAUCUGGUGCUGUCUACACCCGCAGAGACAUCCAGCUCUCCAGAAAAAGCCGUGGACUCAGCAGAUACAGUCAAUGUUCAAACAGUUCAUGAUGAGGAAGAGGAGCAUAAUCAUUUGCAGGAUGGUGGUGUUUCCAACAUGGAUGAUGAUCACACUUCCUCGAACUUGCUAUUUUAUUUGGAAGGACAGCUACUAAACCGAAAACUGACACUGUAUCAAUCCAUUCUUGAACAGCAAACUGAAGCUGGACACAAUAAUAUCCUCAGUGCAAGCCUGUGGAGUCGUACACACAAAGUAACUUACAGAAGAGAUAUGACAGAGAAACCAAGUUAUUCCAAACAUAGUCAUGAUGAGGCUCUAUCUUCUUUCUUAUGUAGAAGAACCUCUUUUUUUAACUCUCCCUAUUUUACUUGCAUAUUUUCUUCUGAAGAAGACUUGGGUAAGUCUGGCCCGACUUAUGAUAUAUUAUCCCUUCUGAAAAGGAUGGAAGGCAUCAAUAGAUUGAGAUUUUAUCUGAUGUAUCGAGCAAGAGUAUCUGAGUUUGCGGAAGGGGGAAUUGAUAAUUUUGAUAAGUUAAUUUUAUCUGUUGAUGAAGUUCCCCAAAACGAAUUUGUUAACAAAAAGUUAACAGAGAAGCUAGAACAGCAAAUGCGAGACCCUAUGGCUGUCUCUGCUGGGGCCAUGCCUGCUUGGUGUAGUCAGUUGAUCGCUUGGUGCCCCUUCCUGUUUAGCUUUGAAGCAAGGUGCAAGUAUUUUUACCUGGUUGCAUUAGGCCGAUUGCCACAUCAGGCUCAUUCAGUGUCACAUGAUGAUGUUAGAGGAUCCAGUGGCAGGCAGCAAAAUCAUGGAAGCAUUCCUCGCAAGAAGAUUUUGGUUCAUCGAAACAACAUACUUGAAUCUGCCAGCCAGAUGAUGGAUCUUCAUGCCCGCCAAAAGGUUCCUCUUGAGGUGGUGUAUAGUGAAGAGGUGGGUACUGGUCUUGGUCCAACAUUGGAGUUCUAUACUUUAGUUUGCCGCGAGUUUCAGAGUAGUGGCUUAGGUAUGUGGAGAGAUGACCAUGUCCCUCUUCACAGCAGAACUUCUUCAGAGGCUGAGAAUUCUGGUUUUUUGGUGGCUCCUUAUGGACUUUUCCCUUGUCCAUGGUCGCCUUCGUUAACUGCAGAAAAUAGCACCACAUACUCAGAAGUGAUUAGAAAGUUUUCUCUUCUGGGACAGAUAGUUGCCAAAGCUCUUCAAGAUGGUAGGAUUUUAGAUCUUCCAUUCUCCAAGGUCUUCUAUAAAAUUAUUCUGGGAAAGGAACUUGAUCUGUAUGAUAUUCAGACAUUUGAUCCUGCACUUGGUAGAACUCUGUUAGAGUUCCUAGCUCUUAUAGAAAGGAAUAAGUAUUUGACAUCACAUCCUGAAGAAAAUGUGCAUGAUUUCGAUGUGCGCCUGCGGAGCACUAAAAUUGAGGACCUAUGCCUUGAUUUUACACUUCCGGGGUAUCCAGAUUAUGCACUUAAUUCUGAGUCUCAGUCGAAGAUGGUAAAUCUUUAUAAUUUGGAGGAAUAUGUUACAUUGAUGGUUGAUGCGACAGUAAAAUCUGGAAUUUCUAGACAAGUGGAAGCUUUCAAGUUGGGUUUUGAUCAGGUUUUCCGUAUCAAACAUCUUAAGGUUUUCACAGAAGAAGAAUUGGAGCGUUUACUAUGUGGAGAACAUGUACUGUGGAAUUCGGACGAACUUUUGGAACACGUCAAAUUUGACCAUGGCUACACUAUUAGCAGUUCUCCAAUUGUGAAUUUACUGGAGAUCAUGCUAGAGUUUGAUCUGGAGCAGCAAAGAGCAUUCUUGCAGUUUGUGACAGGUGCACCCCGGCUUCCAAACGGGGGACUGGCUUCUCUUAACCCUAAACUGACAAUUGUUCGGAAGCAUUGCAGCAAGGAGAUCAAUGCUGACUUGCCUAGCGUAAUGACAUGUGCUAAUUAUCUGAAGCUUCCUCCAUACUCUUCUAAAGAAGUUAUGAAAGAAAAGCUAUUAUAUGCCAUAACCGAAGGACAAGGGUCUUUCCACCUGUCGUGAUCUCUGGAGGUAUAUAUAGCGUGUGAAUAUGGGAUUUAGAGUAGCUGGUGCUGUAAAUAUUGGUUGGUUUAGAUGUGGUGCGUGGGCGUGGGCGUGGGCAUGGGCAUGAUCGUGGUUGCAGUUUCCUCCGUUAUGAGAUGAAUGUAGGUAUGGUCUUCAAUAAUUCAACACAAGCCUACGAGGUCCCAGGUGAAUGUACAGAUUUCUUUGGUCAUAAUACUCUGUUACAACUCUUGCCAUUUGAAAGCGCAAAUGGAGUAGUAUUUAUCUAGCUAUUCAUUCCUAUUGCAUUUAUUUACACUAUUUUCUUUGUUCUUGAAGCAAUAUAUCAUGUUAGUUUCUUGUUUA